CAAACUGUCAACAACAUCUUUCUUUGAACAACGUUCCUCACUUCGAUCUUCCACCUUUCUCCCCCACACUCAUUUGACCUUGUUUGUUGUUCUUUUUGAACUCUGAUUCUUCUCGUACGCCAUACGUACUUCCUCCUGUAGCCUUCUUGUUGAUUCAGCUCGAAGCCGCGCAGAACCUUCAAAAUGCGUUCCAUGGUCUUCGCCGCCAUCUCUGGCGCGUUGGGACUUGCAGCUCUGGCAGUCGCAGCUCCAGCCGCAUCCUACGGUGGACCUGAUUCCUGUGAUUUGAGCGCGUCUACUGUCUUCGUGACCGUCUCCGAAGCCACCACUGUCACUGUCCAUGACUCUCCGACGAGCUACAUCACUGUCGGCCUGAGUGAGAUUCCUACAAUCACCUCCACGCGUCUUGAAACUCUGUAUUCGAGCACCACGACCUACCUCACCCCCCAAACUGAGACUGUUUACCUCUCUCUUGCUAGCUCGUCUACGCCUCUCCCCUCCGAGUCUACCGUCUUCGAGACCACUUUGGUCACUGUUACGGACGUCACCCUUACGGAGACUCAAAAGGCUGCAACUUCGUCUGGCGGUAGCGUCACAUCCAGCGAUACCUCUACUUCCAACGGCCUGCUCAGCUUCAUCGUGGAGAAUGGCACUACAUAUUGGCUCAACGGUCAGACUCCGCCUCCAACUCAGUCCUAUGUUGUUGAGACCAGCGUUGUUAUCGUCAUGCCCGUCAAUACACCUGCAAAGCUGCCAGAUACUGAGUCCAGCACCGUCACAGUACACAGCACUGUGAUCUACACCGUCCCAUUCACGAUCACCGAGACGCUUUCAGCAUCGAACGCCACGUCUAAUAUGACAAAUACACUCAGUGCUUCUUCGUUCGGUACUGCUUCUAGCUGGGCCGGCUGGAACGCAACCUCUUCUGCGGCCGGCGUUGCUUCUACUGGGGCCUACGAUCAAUUGACAAGCAUUUCUGGUGCCAAAUUCAAUCCUUACAGCUCUGUCUCGUUCAUCACCGAGGAGUCGACGUACGAUAUCUAUCAUGCAACUUCGACCAUCUACACUCUGCCCACAUACGCUGCAAAGAGCGGAUUCAACGCCUUGACCUCUGGGCCAUUAGAUUCAAGCUCUCAACCAGCAUCAACAUCUGACACUGAGACAUCUUCCUAUGGCUUGGCAUCCGUUUCUUCCGGAUCUUCGACAGUGACUUCUGAGAUCUCCUCCACUUCUAGUGCCAUCGGACAGUGGACUACAGCUGUCAUCAAUGGCCAGACCGUCUCGUGGGGAGGUCCCGCAAACGCUGCUACUUCUGCUUAUCCUUCAAGCAGCUCUUCGAUCGUCCUUCCUUAUGCUAACUCUACCGCAUACACUAUGUUAGGAUCUGCGAUCAGCUCCAUUCUUGGCAUCGAUACGACUUGCACUGAGGAGCAGAGCAAGACCCUGUCACCAUCUGCUAGUAAUGUCACUUCAAGUGUUACACUUUUCCUCACUGCAUCCCAAACCAGUUCUGCCCUUGCAAUUCAGACGUCGUCCCAGCAACCCAGCCAGACUCCGUCGCCAUCCGUGGGAAAUGCUACUUCAAGUCUUCUCUCUUCCACUAGCUCGACACUUGGUCUUGAUACCACGUUCAGUUACAAGCCAACUCAAACUGGAUCACCAAUCGUGAGCAAUUCGACUUCUAGUUUUGCUGUCUCCACCGAAUCAGCCAUUGGUACCGACACAACUAGUUCAAGUCUCCUCACUUCCACGAGUUCAGUCUCAAGUGUUGAUACCACCUGCACGGACGAGCCUCAAAGAACUUCGUCGGCCUCUGAGAGUUCUCUCUCAAGCCCUGCCAGCUCUAGUGGCUCAGCUCUCGGCGCCGUAACCUCGUCCAGCCCCGUUCUAUCCUCAAGCAUCCCUGCUAGUGCUUCGCAGGCAUCGACCUCGACUGACGUUGGUAACAUUACCACUUCUCCGAGCAUUCAGCCUAUCGCAACCCUGCCCACAUCUUACACGCCGACUAGCUCCAGCUCUGUUAUCACUACCCUCCAAUCGACCUUGUUAAGCUUCUCGACUGUCGUGGUAUCGUCUCCUCUGAGUAGCUCUUCUAGUGUUCCUAGUUUCUCGAUCACCAGCCCGGCAUACACUCCGUCCACGAGCGUAAGCCAGACAGCUACCGUAUAUAGCUCCGCUGUUCCAAGCCUCUGCGGAGAGCAAGGUGACUUCACUUUGAAUUUUGAUGACAUUCCACCCUUGGCUGUUAGCAACCAGAGUGCAAACAGCGUCGACCCGGAACCUGUCUUCAGUCCAUACCACCAAUUCGACUUCUCAGAUGGCUUCGUCGUUGUCCCACCACCCACUGAUCCAUACAAGCCUUCAUCACCACCACUUAUGACCGAAUUCAUCCCCAAUUUCAACCUGACUACAAGCACUACACAAUCGGGACCGAAUUCGGCUGAGUAUGGCUGGUCUGGCGAUAUUGGCAAUGCUGAUCAUGGCGCUCUUGGAUGCUUCAGCUUCAAUGUUUAUGGUGCCUCAUUUGGUUGCGACUCUACUGGCCCUGAUUGUGUCUUCGCCUUCACUGGUUUCAAGUAUGACAACCAAACAGGUCUUCCGGACACGGUCAUCUCCACGACUUGCGCAAUCCCUGCUUGCCCUGCUCUGGCUAAUUGCGACCUCGUUCCUAUCACACUUGAAUCUGGCUUCCAAAACCUUGAUGUGCUUCGCAUCAAUGUUACUGUUGCCGGUCAACCCAAGAUCUGGUGGAUGGACGAUCUCCGCAUGGGUUGGGCUGACAACUCCUGCUCACAAGGUCUCUGUCGCCAAAAUUCUCACAUUCGUGCUGUCAAGCAUCUUUGAAUGAAUAUCUGGCGCAAUAUCGGAUCAUGAAGCUGUCAGCACAACAUGGAUCUGCUCUUUAAUGUCUGAUGUACCUUUUUUUCGUUACUCAAAAUCAUCGACGGAAUGUCGCACUGGCAAUAUGAACCAGCAUGUUUGUUGGACGUUGAUUUCAGUUUCUUUCGAAUGAUCGUUGCAUAUUGCGGUAAUAUGCAGGCUGGCCUGUUCAUGUCGACUGCGAGUUCAUUUGGAUUGGCUUAUUGCCGAAUACAGUAGCUCAUAGUUGCUCAUGGUACAUGGAUCCAUACAAUGCGUAUGUAUGAUGUAGAAGUAGAAUUCCAAUCAAAAAGAAGAACCUUUCGUAGAAACUC